AUGACUAAUCUAAGAAAAUAAAAGAUGAAUACUCCUGUUGAAUACUUUGAAAGGAAAUACAAUAGUGAUGAAACUAUUAUCAAAGAUUUAGUUUAGCAAUUUUUAAUUCCAAAUUGUCAAAGAUCAAAAUUAUAACAACAAAUAUAAAUUGAAGAAAGAAGAUUUAAUGAAGCAGCUAAAAAAUUAAUUCAGGCAACUUUAUCACAGGCAGCUUAAUAGAUUAAUCAAAAAUGUUGA